CAGGCGUAAACGUCGGGGGUGGAACCGACUUCUCCGCCGGAGGUUCCAUUAUUGCACUUCCUUGACAAUUCGUCACAGUACAACACUCAAUCUUAUCUGAACUGUGAAAAAUUUGCAAAUGUGCCUCAAAGAACUUUAGAUAUUCCACUCAAUGUUCUCCUAGCUAACGUAUCUAUCUCUACCCACUGCGCCUCUCACAAACGCUGUCGGCUGUAAGAGCAAACGGCAAACCAGCCUUCUGGAUGAUACCAUAGAGUAUAACUAUGGAUGAUACGCUUCAUCUUUGAAGGGUGAUGUUUACCAUCAAAUCGCAGUCCAUGGAGAAAGAACGGCAACGAUUGUAAACGGAACUUUCGUUGAAAUUCGAACCAGUGAAGUUGCAGAUGAUCGUGAAACACAGUUGAAUAUUUCCCGUUGUUUGUUACAAUUGCAUGUAAAACAAACAUAGAAAACAUGUCUGCUGUGGUGUCAUCACAUGAUGCUACUGUAGCCCAGAUCUUUGGUGAUGACUGUGAAGACAUAGAAUUACUUGUCAGCUCAGGAAAGAGCAAGAAUAGCACACCAGAAGAAAAACAUCAGAGAAGUAAAGCAAAUGUGAUUAAUGGUGCUGUCUCACCAUCAUUACCAGAACAGUUGGCCACUGAAGAGAACAUCUUUAAACUACAUGGCAUUGAUCUUCAAUUUCCUAUAGAAUGUGAUUUCUGUUUAGAGAAGUUUAUAGAAAUGGACUCCUUUGAAAGCCACAUGGUACAACAUAAGGAAUGCAGAUUUUUCACAUGUCAGUUAUGUCCUCGCACUUACGUCUCUUGGGGUAACCUGGUGGCACACCGCAAGGUACAGCACCGUGGUCAGGUGCUGAGUUGUGGACCUUGUGGCAAACGACGCUACCAUCCUGGCCUUGGGCCAGUGCACUUUCCCGUUGAUGGAUUUCCUAUUGGUUGUGAGGAAUGUUGUGCUGGCUUCACUAGUACUGUGCAGCUCUAUCGACACUAUCGAUGCCACGUCCAGCCUCAGAGUAAUGCUGCUCUAGAUAAGCAGGCUCCACUUGCACUUCCUGGCACAAAUCUGUAUGGACCUCCACCACCACAGUCAUUACAGUGCCGUGUCUGCCGCACAGAAUUUUCAUCAGAGGAGCAGAUGGCAGCUCACCAUAUUCCAGAUAAACCAUUGUCAUGUUCACUUUGUGGUAGACAGUUCUGUGAGCAACGGGUACUCCGCAUCCACCGAAGACGCUGCCAUCCUCAUGGUGUUCCAGCACAGAGAAAGUCGUACCUCUGUCCCCAGUGUGGAAGGGUCUUUGGUGAUCGUGGUCGAUACCGUCGCCAUCGUGAGGCCCAUCUUGAUAAGCAACCUCAUCGCUGUGAGGUAUGUCCCAGAGGAUUCUCAACACAGCAAGCUUUGGCAAGACAUACAUUUCUUGCACAUCCUCACCGUCAGGGAUUCCGCUGUCAGGAUUGCCGCUUGUCCUUCCGUGACAGCAAUGCUCUGCGGGAUCAUAUCCGCAAGGAUCAUCCCAGCAACAGUUCUCUUGUAUGUGAUGUGUGCCAUGACAGCUGGCCAGCAGCCACAUUCCUUGCCCAUUACCUAUCUUGCCGUUCAGUGGGAGAUGGUGCUCCCUGUGUGACAUGUGCUGUGUGCCAGAAGGUAUUCUCUCGCCCAGGUGCCUUGGACCGCCAUCUCCGCCUACACAAUCCUACUCUUCGGAAGGGCCAUCGUUGUGACAUCUGUGAUAGAACUGUACUCAAGGCUGCACAGAUGCCAGCACACAUCUUAACUCACUUUGGUGGUGAAGUGUCAAGAGUCCCAGAGCGUUACCGAAGACUCUUAUCACGUCCACGAAGACGCAUUCACACAUGUGAAUAUUGUGGACGAGACUUUCCUUCAAGUAUACGUCUACGGUGCCACAUCAGACGACAUACAGGUGAACGCCCAUACACGUGUCAGCUCUGUGGAAAGAACUUCUACACAAACCUGCAGCUUGUCGUCCAUGUACGUCAUCAUGCUGGUGAACGCACUUAUCGCUGUCCUGCACCAUCUUGUCCUCGAGCAUUUGCGAGUGCAUCUGCUCUACGUGCACACUGUGCAACACAUGCAAGGGUAAAACAGUACAACUGCCCACAGUGUGGAAAGGCUUUCUUCUGGCGUUCUGCAUUUGUAGCACACGCCAGACAGCACACUGGAUCAAGGCCAUAUGUGUGUGGAGCCUGCAACAAGUCAUUCACACUACGGGGGAAGUUAAGUUUGCAUCUACGGCGGAAGCAUGCUGCUGAACUAGGCCCUGGAGCUGAGGGCGAGGAAGGCCCACGAUAUUGCGCAGACUGCGGUCGUGGCUUCCGGACUGGAGCUCUCCUUGUAGACCACGCACGUGAAGCUGGUUGUGUUACUCCUCCCCUGCCUGAAGGAACAGGUUAAAGAAAGAUGCACAAAUAUGAAGAGAAUAACGUGUGGCACAUGAUGACCAAAUCCAUUACAAGGUGUCGUAUACCUUGAUUACCGAAGCGUAGGAUGCCUAUAUGAGUGCCGGAAUAUUUUUAAUUCAAACUAACACACUGACAUAUGAUCAUGUGAAACUUUUGUUUCCUUGUGAAUGCCCUUUUAAGACUCAGUUAGUGAUAUCGAGCACUGAAAUAAAACACGAGUCGUGAAUGUUGUUCUAAAUUUACUGGGUUAGUCAUGUAGAGUGGAGCAAAGGGAUGGAUUAUUUCCUUUGCACUAGGCAACUGUUACCUGAUUAGGCAGUCACUAAUAAUUAGGGGAAUCCCUAAGCCAUAUAUGUUUUAGUCAAGAUUUCAGUUUUCUAUGGUAAAUUAUUUUAGGUGCAUUUAUUUCUUAAAAAGCGCUUCACUGUAUCUGAUCAGACAAAAAUCAGGAUCUUCCAUUUCUUUUAAAUAUGUCUGCAUCCUCAGUCAGUUAAUUCUUGGCAGUUUUAUGACAAAUUUACCACAAUGUUAAAAUAUUUUCUUCGGGUAUUAAAGAUUUCUGUGUGUGUUUCACUUUCCUGGCAUUUAAGAAAUUCUGAGUAUUAAAUAGACAUCCAGUUAAUUGGCAAGACAUGUAAUUUUCCAACUGACACUGCCAAUUUUAUAAUAACUUUUAAGAGGUACUACCCAUGUUCAAAUUAUUGUUUAAUAUUACUUUCUGAUAUGUAAAAAAAUGAAAUAUUUGGUCAGCUGUAGAUGCUAAUAGAAGAACCAAAGCAACUACAACAGUGGAAUGUUUUGAUACAAUAUACCCCAAAUGAUGCUGUGUUGGUUAAUUGUAAAAGUUUCUGAGAAAAAUACAGCACUAUUUUCUUCUAAUCAUUAAGUGACAUAUUUAGACUACUUUGUGAUUUAGAAGCAAUGUGUAUAUUAAAGUGCCAUUAUCUGAGUUGUUAUAUUGUUUAAAAAGAAAAUUUUCUGAUGUGUGGUAAGCCAUGGGAUAUUUUUGAAGAUGUUCUUUUUGUGGUGUAUUUGAAUAUUGUUUUGAAGGGAUAGUGAUAUGUGAGGAGGUUUAUGAGUGUGCUUCAUAUAGUGGUAAAGCAGUUGAUAAGACUGGAGUGGAUUAAUUUUCUCUUGAGCAUUUGAUAGAUGUCUUGGUAGUCUCUUCCAGAAACAAACUGGUAUUUUAAAAUGGUCUCCCUUUAAUUCAUUAUGGCAGUGCUGUGUUGCACUUCUUAAAAAAAGGACAGUUUUUUCUAAACUGUGUAUGACCGACUGAUGAGUACUACAGUCUCUAGUUUUUUUCUCCUCUAAUGUGGCAGUUUGAUAUGGAAGAGAGAGCUAGAUAGCUCAGUUACCUGUUUUGAUAAGACAUUUUGUGUUACAAAUGUACUACUUUGUCUCUAAUUCCAUAUUGUACAAAAUAAAACUCCGUGUGUUGUU